CGAAGCGAGUGAACAUGGCUGCGGGUCAGGACGCCGACGAAGUUACGCCAAAUACAAGCAGGCACUCCAAUGUGGUGGUCCAUCAGGAUGAUUUGUUAGGAGGGUCCCGCGCCGCUGCCCGCCCGCCCGUCAUCUUCAACCCGGACUACUUUGUGGAAAAGCUCCGACAUGCGAAUGCCGACAUGUUCCUGGAGCUCGUGUUGAGCAACAUCACUCGCCUCAUCGACCUUCCUGGCGCCGAGUUCUCCCAGCUCCUCGGCGAGGAGGGCCCCAAGACCCCCGGAUUCUUCCGCUCGUUCAACUUCCUCAAGCGCAAAGAUAAAGGCGCCAUGUUUGGGACUGCGCUGUCAGAGAGUGGCGUGUCUCACAUCUACCGGCUCAUUGAAUACCUCAGUAAAAAUCUGCAUGUGGAGGGUUUGUUCCGGGUUCCGGGCAACAGCGUGCGGCAGCAGGCCCUGAAGGAGCUCCUGACCAGUGGGGCCGACGUGGACCUGCAGUCUGGAGGAUUCCAUCCAAACGACGCAGCCACACUGCUCAAGACAUUCCUGGGGGAACUGCCCGAGCCCCUGCUCACGCACAGACACUUCCACGCCCACCUCAAGAUCGCUGAGAUGACGCUGCUGGACGAGCAUGGCAACAAGACAUCGGCGCCCAACAAGGAGCGUCAGACUGAGGCCCUGCAGCUCCUCUUCCUCCUCUUGCCGCCGGCCAACCGCUCCCUGCUCAAGCUGCUGCUGGACCUCCUGUACCACACCGCCAAGCAACAGGAUGCCAACAAGAUGUCCGCCUUUAACCUGGCUCUCAUGUUUGCCCCACACGUGCUCUGGCCACGACAUAUGACAGCCAACGACCUGAAAGACCAUCUGAAGCCCCUCAACAACAGUAUGGCCUUCCUCAUCAGACACUCACAGAAACUCUUUAGGGCCCCAGUGUACCUGAGGGAACAUGCCAGAGCCCACUUCAUGAAGACCACCGCCAUGCAGAGCAAGGAUGACCUGGAGCUGUUGUCACUGAGCAGUUGCUCCGGCCGGCGGGUGGCGUCGCCACUGAAGCGGCGGGCGGGUGGUCUCGGGGGCACUCCGGAUCAGUGCCCGUCGCCCGCUCAGCAGUAUACAGAGGAGGCGCUCAAGGAGCUCUUCAGACAUGUGCACCACAACAUGCCCGACUCGGCUAAGAAGAAAAAGCUGAUUCGACAGUUGGUCAAACAAACCGCCUCAGCCACCAGCCAGCACGAUGGGCCCAGCAAGAAGCGCCCGCGCUCUCGCUCAUUUGGAGGACUCAUCAAGCGUAAAGCUCGAGCCGAUCAGCUGAUCCGGGACGUCGUCGCCAGGGCAACGCACAAACGCGAAAAAGAAAAUGUCAUCAUGCAGCAGGUGAAAAGUCCUCUGAAUGGUGGCAGGCACUGCAGGGUGGGGCUAGUGUUGAAAAAUCCUGACUUUGACUUUCACAGGGACAAAGCUGUGAAAAUGUACAAGGACACACCCUCGUCUGUGGCCAGAUUGUUCUCGCCAUCUCAGGAGGUUUCGCUGUAGACGCCGCUGCAGCCGCCAAUUCCUGGUCUGCGUGGCGAUGGCUUCAUCCUCCAGCUCCAGCACUAUGAUAUUUUCAAACUAUUAAUCUGUCUUAAUAUUGUACUAUUGUUUACUCAUACUGGACACUUCAGUAGGUACACCAGCUCAUGCUAGUCAGGUGUCACUCAUGAAAUGGCCGCUGAGUGUUUCUGACUGACAUCAGCUACCAUGGUAAUUUGAGAGUUUAAAAAUAUUUUUAACACUUUGUGGUACUUUCGGAUUUAAACAGGCCCAUAUCAAGCGAAACCAUGAUUUUUAUUUGUAUUUAAAUUAUUAUUUUUUAAGUAUAUUUUGGGUUUUUCGUUUAAAAAAAAAAAAAAGUGAAUUGUUGCGAGUGUACAAGCGAUCACCGCUAGCUUGCUUAGCCCACAAUGACUGUCCUGUUCAUAAGUUACUAUCGUACAGGAAGUGACGACUGCUAUAUACCUUGGGAUUUCUGAGCUUUACCUUGUUUAAUUGACCACUACCAUACGGAAAGGUAUGACUGCUAGUUAGCCAAGCCUUGACGGGCUCCACCAUUUAAGACUACUAUCAUAGAGGAAGUGCUAACUGCUAGAAAGCAUAGUCUCUGUAAACUGUGCCAUUUAUAAGUGACCACUACCAUACAUAAUAGCCACUUUUGUAAAAUACUAUCCUUAUUGUUGUUGUUAUAAUUACUAUAUAUAAAAAAAACCCUUACUAUUCAGGAUGUGAUGACCAUCAGCUGUCACAGACGGUAGUGUUUAUAUAAACAACUGUUACCAUACAGGAAGCGAUGGCCACGAGCUAGCGCAGAUUUCGUAGACUACACUGUUUAUAAAUGGCUGCCACUGUACAGGAAGCUUUCACCACCAUCUAGCGUAGCGUUCUCAGACUAUGCGAUUUAUAUAUGAUCACCUCAGUACAGCAAGUGGUGACAUGCUAGCAGCUUACUCUUCGUCAACUCUACUGUUUAUAUAUGACUGCCACCAUACAGAAAGCUCUGACCACCACCUAGCUUAGCCUUCACCGAUGGUACUGUUGAUAAACAAUGACUACCAUACAGUAAGGCAGUUAGCAUAGAAUUUGCAGACAGUACUGUUUGUAAAUGGCUGCUAACAUACAUGACGCUAUGACCGCUAGCUAGCUGAGCCUUGACAGACUGAUUGGGUGACUUGACUAGAUACAUUCACUUCUAGUCAAUAUGACAUUUAAUCAUAUUUGGGGUGUGGCCAAUGUGUUAUUGACAUGUUGUCGCCAUGUCAAACUACCUGCAUUUCCCUGUUGGCAACAGGCAGCUCCAACCAAUCAAACACAGUUUAUGAAGAAAAUGUAAGUACUGUAGUCAGUAGUCUGUUUGUUUACAGGUAGAAUUGCUGUUACUGGUUUUAUUUUGUUACACUUUGUUUGGGUCUGUUUUUCCACAUUUGGUCAGCUAAAGGAAGAAAGGGAUGUUUGAGUGAGCAGAGAAGUGGACUUUUUUUGCGUCUAAACUGGAAAGGAGGGAUAUUGUUUGGGUGGAAUGGGGGCAGUCAUAUGAGGCUGUGAAUCUAAAGUCAUCAGCGUAAGUGAGAGCCAGUGAUUGGCUGGCUUUGUGGAAGAAUCCCAGCACUGAAUUGUCCAUGUACCAUCUUUAUGCGCUUUGUCCUCAUUAGUAAGACAAUUCAGCACACUAGUAGAACGACUGUCUUGCUAGUAGGUUAUCGAUGAAUGGCCGAGAAGAUAUACUACUUUCAGUUUAGGGAAAGUUGUAUGCAGGUUGUGUUAAUGGCUUUGUGGAACGUGCAAAAUGAACUUCCUCGUCAGAAUUGAUUAAGUCGGCAGCAUUAACAUACAAACUUGAUUUUUACCUGGGAACUUUUUUUUUUGUGAGAAUCUUAACUUGUUGUCGUGUGAAUGUGAAAUGUUUGUGUUAUGUUUACUAGAGUCAACCUAACGAGCCUUCGGGAGAAAGUUCCUCUUUAGGCGUUGUGAUCUUUUCUUGUCAAAUUUUAGAAUUAAAUAACAUGUUCACUG